AUGGCUUUCCUUUCCCUUCAUCGUCAUCUUCAUCUGUACUCUUUGGACUGCUUUCUCAGUGUUAUAUGCAAUCACCAGCUUCUUUCAUCUCUAUCAGAAAUUUCAGGAUUACCCUUUCAUCAGCUGUUCGUCAAAUGGCUCGUUCAUCGUUAGACGAGAUGGCAGAUACAGGUGCUUUCAAUCGUACACCGUCGACAUUCCGCAGUUUUGUUUCAAGAGAUCCAUCAUCAGCUUUUCCUGCGGAAUCCGGAAGAUACCAUCUCUAUAUAUCCUAUGCGUGUCCUUGGGCUAGUAGAUGCCUUGCGUAUUUGAAGAUUAAGGGUCUUGAGAAGGCCAUCAGCUUUUCGUCAGUUAAACCUGUAUGGGGAAGAACAAAGGAGACUGAUGAACAUAUGGGUUGGGUGUUUCCAACUUCUAGUACAGAGGAACCGGGGGCUGAACCUGAUCACCUGAAUGGGGCAAAAUCGGCUAGGGGACUCUAUGAGCUUGCUAGUGCAAAUUAUACUGGAAAAUAUACUGUUCCUAUUCUGUGGGAUAAGAAGCUCAAAACAAUUGUGAACAAUGAGAGUUCAGAAAUAAUACGAAUGCUCAAUGCUGAAUUCAACGAUAUAGCAGAAAAUGCAGCUCUGGACCUUUACCCUGUUCACUUGCAAUCCCAGAUUGACAAGGUUAAUGAAUGGGUUUAUGACGACAUCAACAAUGGUGUUUAUAAGUGCGGGUUUGCUAAGAAACAAGAGCCUUAUGAAGAGGCUGCAAAUAAACUAUAUCAAGCUCUGGACAAAUGUGAGGUCAUACUCAGCAAGAACCGGUAUAUAUGUGGGGAAUCUCUGACUGAAGCUGAUAUUCGGCUGUUUGUAACUCUUAUAAGAUUUGAUGAGGUUUAUGCCGUUCAUUUCAAGUGCAACAAGAAGCUUCUCCGGGAAUACCCUAAUCUGUUCAAUUACACUAAAGAUAUCUUCCAAAUCCCUGGCAUGAGUUCCACUGUCAACAUGAAACAUAUCAAGAAACACUACUACGGAAGCCAUCCUUCUAUUAAUCCGUUUGGUAUCAUUCCUCUUGGUCCUGAUACGGAUUAUUCUUCUCCUCAUGAUAGACAGAAGUUCACUUCUUAGAGUUUAUGCAUGGUAGUUUCUGAGACGUCUUCCCAAAGCUUGUUUGUUGUACUGUUUGUUUUUUGCUCAGACUAAAGUGUGUCUCUAGACAAAAUAGUGUUGUGUGUGAAAUACGUGAAAGGCUGUUACUGUUCUGUAAAAUAAAUAAAUAAAAGGUAAUUUCAAUAAUAUAAAAUAUGAAACA